AUGCGACUGGGAUACAUGCUCGUCGACUUCCAAGGACAACCAAUCGCAAGUGCCGCCGGCACUGCCCCACUUCUUGGUGCCAGUGCAAACAUGAAGCCGAUGGGCGGCAAGCCUCUACAAGGGGUUCCGGAAGCAAGCUGGAGCGAGGUUGCUCCACCAGCUCCCUACUUGAUGAACAGUGUGGGACCAGCUCCGCCUGCCAUGGGAAGUAUGCAUGUGAACCCGGUCCCUUACGGGUCCUACAGCAUGAUGCCUGGCAUGCUCAACCCGACCGUGCCACAGCAAGUAGCAAUGAGCAAUCCAGCUAUGGGCUUAGGACCCGGACUUUAUCAUGCUCAUGUGCCGCCCCCUCCUCCAGGUCCGUACGAACGCCCGGUUGAAGGGGUGCCGGCUGGACCUGUUGGAGCUUGGCCGACCUGGACUGGCUAG